AUUGAGAUGAAACAUGUUAGCAUGUGGUCAAGCAUGCGAGAGGGCAAAGCGAAUAUUUCAUGUUCAAGAAUUUGUACUCAAGAGCUGAUUGCCUUGCUUUUGUGCAUCUUUCAUGCCAUGAUAUGCGAACAAAAUGCUACUGAAAACGUUCCCUUAAAUGAAGAGGCUUUCAAAAUAUCUAUCACGAUGCUUGUAUUGUGUAAACAUUUACUACAAUCAAUGAUUGAAGCAUCUUAACAAGUACUUGGUCCGUGUUUUAUGGUCGGACAAUGCUCAACUCAAUAUUAACAAUGCCUGACAGGAAAUUCAGCAGAAUUUGCAAAGUUCAGGUGUUUCAAACUCCGCAAGCAGAGAAAAAGUCGCAGUAAACAUGCUACAUUCUAGAUCUAUUAAAAUACUGUAUGAAUAAGACGUAGAAUGGUUGUCGACUAAACGCUCUUCACGCUUUUGCGUCGGUAAUUUUUAUAGAUGCGAAAGCCUAUUGUUUCGUGGAAACUUUCAGGAUGUGGUUAACAUUGUUACAUGGCAUGCAGUUGUGACAAAAGUAGUUUAAUCGUAAUUUUAUCAAGUUUUUUUAAAAUGAAGUGUAUCAAAAGGCAAGGUCCAUUAAAGGGUACAAAAUCUGGCUUUCUUAACCGCAUAAAACAUAUUUUAUUGAUUGUUUAAAGCGUUUUGUAGAUGGCAGAGGAAAUGCAAGUUCCUCUACUUAUUGUGUGAAGGAAACCUUUGUCAUGCUCCCGGGGGCCGCUUGCAAGAUAAAUGUAUUAUUGUGAAAUGUCGAUAGUAAGGGAUCUAAAUCUAGUUGGGGGUAAUUGCCCAAUAUGAAUAGAGUAUGAUUUUAGAUGUAUCGAGAAUCCUCAGCAAAUGCGAGACAUCGUGUUCCGCUGCCUGAAAAUUUUGAUUGUCAGAACCCAACCAGAACCACUGAAACCUUCCAAGUGGCGAAAUUUUCUUUAUAAGGGGGAUAACCACUAACUAAAAACCGGUCUCUCAAAGGCUUCUAAAGUAACAGAAGAACCCAGGCAUAUCGUACCAAAUUUGACAAAGAAUCUAACACUUCCAUUAAACUCUAUUGCAAAAGUCAAGUAAGUCACCUAGAAUUAUUUCUUUUGGCUAGUUUUGAAUUUUGUACAUCUGAUUUGCUGAACAAAGUAUUUUUUCUUGAGCAAAUAAAAAAAUUCUGCUAAGAAUAUCAACUUCAGCCUAUCGUAAACUGGCUGGAAACAAACGUUUAUAAUGAUUGCUGAAAGCUCUGACUUCUUUGGUAGCUCAAAAUAUUCAAUACACCUUCUUAAAGAUACGUAGAUAAUUUGACUGCCUAAAAACUGGACACGAAUCUGAACCUAAGAACGUAAAGAAAUCCGGUUGCGAUGAAAGAUAUAUCUUAUUUUAUCUAUAAACACUUUUAUCUAUGUAUUCAUAUCAACUCGUGCAGGCGAUCGACUGGAUGAAGUUUUUCACUAUCUGGGGCUUCAUUGCAAUAAGGAAAAUAGACUGGAGAAUUCCUUUGGAGCAUAUUAAAUAGAUGUUUCUAAAAUCAAAAUAAAAGUUAGGCAAGAAAAUUCCUGAAUCAAAAUUCAAACCAGUGCUAAUUUCCCUGCAAAAUAUUAUAAAGAUUCACCUUUCAAAGUUUUAGAACUUGUUGUAUACAUCGAGGCCCGGCGACCCCCGGAUUUCGAUAGAGCGCUCACAGACACUUUCCGCAAAGAAGCUGGAACAAUAAUACCGUCGCAUCGGUUGUAGCACUUAGUGAUUGGAAAUUACUCCAUUAGAAUUACAAGAACAGGUAAAUAGGUAAAAUGAAAACGUAAUGUGAAAUAUCUAUGCAGCGCAAAGUUCGUAAUUUUCCGAUCGGGUUUCUUCAUGGUCGCUGGCUGCAGAAUGGAUGCUGACAACAAAGAGCAACGUAGGCAGGAUGUGAUGGAAAGGCUUCGUAUACGGUUCUCUCAGUACCAGAAGCGGCAGAAUGAAUAUUUGACUCGCUUUAUGACUAAUGGUCCUGUCAAAGAAGAACGAGAAAGACAGGAUACUCAGAUGUACCAGCAAAGGAUUCUUAAUACUAGAGCCAACACAAAACCCAGGCCAAAACAAGACCAAGCGGGAAAGAACUCUACCAUCGACCAGGCUUACCCACCUAAUGCAAUGGGCGAUACUUUGAUUCUACAGCAACUAAAGCGAAGGUUUGAUGAAACUUUCAACCAAGCUCAAGAGGGUGAAGACUUUGAAGACAGGGGCCCUACCAAAACAUCCAGAGCAGAAGAAGACCAAAGAAAUGAACUUGCUCAGUACCAGCAAGGUAAUGUUAUGAAUAGUUUGCCUAGGACUAUGCAAUUAAAAAAUGAUCAAAAUGAUCUCACAUUAGUUCAAAAUGCAGCCAAGAAGAACUCUGCAGAGGAAAAUGUCUCAAGUAUUCCUAAUCACAACAAAGAAUCUGGUGGUGAUGUUCUUGAUGGCUCCAAAGGAAAUGAAAACUUAGGGAAUGACAAUUCUAAUUCUAUGAGUGAUAGUUCUAAAAUUGUUAGCUCCAACUGCCACAUAACUGCAAAGGCUGGCGUCACGGUUUCGUCAGUUUCAAAAACAGAACCUAAUGUUGUGAAUGCAAAUGUUGGAUCAGCAUCACGAGAAAAAGGCAAUAACAUUUUGCAAAAUGGUGUUUCUCACAUAGCAAAUGAUGGAAAUUUGACAGACAUGUUUCUCAAGGGAUUAGAAAACGAUUUUGAGGAUAUGUUGCAAAAUAUUUCUGAUACAGCAUCAUCAGCCAUCACCCAGACAACUACAAGUAGUACAAUCAAGACAGCUUCUGGGCAGGCAAAGACAAGAGAAAAGAAGGAAAAUAAGAAUGUUAACAAUAAUGUGAUUACUAAUUCUAUGUCACAUGUCAAUGAUUUUCCUCCAAACACCAAUGUACCACAUGUUAACAACCUUGGAAAUGCACCCCCAUAUCCUAAUAGUGUAGGGGGAAUGCAGAUGAGGCCACAGGCACCUACUCCAAUGGGUCUAAGACCUCAGACCCUGAGACACCUGGUUGAUCAUAUUCAGGGAAGAGGAAGACAGCAGGUAGGACCUGGGCCUUAUAGACCAAUGACUGGUGUGCCUGUUAGGGAGAACUUAGUGACUGGGACUCAAACCAAAAACCCAGAAACAAUGGCGAAAGUUCAAGAGCAUUUAUUGUUCAAAAAACAAAUGCAGCAAAGACAAAUGGAGAUGGAAAUGCGACAGCAGAUGCAACAACAAAUGCAACAGUCCUACCAGCAGCCAACAUAUCAGCAACAGCUCAUGCAAAUGGCACAAGCUGCUCAGCAGCAGCAGCAACAGCACAGUCCAUCACCGAUGUCACCAAUGAUACAAUCAAUGUCACCUCACAUGCAACAGCAAGCAUUUAUGCAACAGAAUAUGAACUCACCCGUUCCAUCACCAAUGUCAACUACACCUCUUAUGAAUCGCAAUCCUUUCCAGUUUCCUCAAGAUUACAGCACCUAUAUGAAUCAGCAAAAGCAAAUGCAGGGUUUUGAUGGGAUGAACAACAUGCAGUCCCAACAUGAUGGUGGUGUUCAAAUGCCAAUGAGCUAUUAUCAGACACCACAACAAGAGCCUGCCCAUUAUCAGAUGCGACAACCAGUGCCUAACCAAGGAACAUUGCGGCCAGCAGGCAUGCAGUCUGCUGCCAUACGUGCCAUGAUGACAAGGGAAAGAAUGCUUUCUCCAGAUUCAAUGCCCCCAGGACAAAUGAUGCAGGGCCAAGUUGGCCCCCCUGGAUCAUUUCAGCCCCAGGUCCCAAAACCACCACCACCUCAAUACACACAAAAUAAUUUCUCUCCACCAAACAUUCCAUUGGAAAGACCGCAGCUACAAAGAUCAAUGUCACACCCUAGAAAUAGGUUAUCUCACUUUUCUCAUCCUGAUGAAGUGCAGUCAGGAAAUGCACCAACCUCUGCACCCCUGAAAUCGCCAGGAACAUUGCCAAUGUAUCCAAAUGUUGAUAAUAUGUAUCAAAUGGGACAAACUGGUACAACAAUGACAAAUGGAGGCCAGCAAAACUCAAAUUCAGUAGCGGCCAGAAUGUCUGAAAAUAAUUUUUCAAACUUCCAAAAUUAUGGACCUCCAAACAUGAGUUUGGCUAAUGCAAUGAGUUCAAGGACAAGAAUGAGUCCAAAUAAUUGGACACCAGAUAGUCAGUUACAAAAACAACAAACGUUGCAUCAAAUGCAUAUGAACAUGAGUUCUGAAUACAGAAUGGCAAUGCCUAAAGGACCCUCUGUGAACUUAACGAGUCGAGCAAAUAUGUUAGGGCAAACUAGGCGGACCCCAGCUCAUUACAAUUCAGGAAUCGAAAAACACCCUGAUGUGCCAAAUUUGGCACCAAAUUCUAUGAUGUCUUCACAACAAGGACUUAAGUUGCCAGGUGGGUCUUUGAAGCAAGAACCACCAGCAACAGACAUUCCACAAGUCACUCAAGGAAACAACCCUUCUGAUGAUUUGGAAUCGAUACUCAGUGAUCCGCCUGAGAAUUUUGACUUAGUAAAAUUGUUAGGUUGAUUAAGUAUGUGCUUUGUUACUGUAGAUGCGAAAUGAAGUUCAUGUCAGAAUUGUCUCUCUGGUAUUUUAGAAGUUUUUUAAAAACCUAUUUUCAGAAGUAUUUACAUAGCAUUAAUCAGUGCUUUCUUGUAAAUAAACUUCAUAGGGUUAUGGCAAAUUGAUCAAGGGGAGUCUCAUAGGUCAAUAAAAUUGUCUUUUUCAUUUGGGGGAUGCAGUGCAACCACAGUAUUGUGUUAUUGCUAAUUUGUAAAUGGGACUAAGAGUACCCUGAAAACUUUUAACCCAGUAUUAUUCCUUUCUCCCGUUAUACAUAGGGCACUGGAAAAUGGAGAAUUUUUAAACCUUUGUAUAUUAUCUUGUUCUAUUUCAAAACGAUUGCAAAUUUGCUUUCCGUAGAGAAAAGUUUUGCUAUUUGCAGGCACUGCAUUGUGCAUAGCCACUUUUGUCAGCUAUUAAGUUUUAUAAACGUCUGAAUGAAAUUUUCUGGAGAAAUAAUUACCGUGGAAAUUUUGUGUUAAUGACAUUGAAAUGAUAUUGCAUGUUUGAGUUUUUACUGUUGCUAAGUUAUUAGGCUUCUUGCGUUUUAAUUUUUCCUUUGUUUUAUGUAGUAAACGCGUUUUUACGUAUACAGUGUUCAUCUAAAUUUACACCAGUUUGUACGACAAAAAUGUCCCAGAUUGAUCAUCCAUGCUAAUUUAGCUUCUUUAUGAGUAAUAUAUUUGGUGUCCCUUCCUAAUAACUUGAUAUGCAGAUAAUUCAGUAGAAAUGUGUCUCAAGUACUCCCUAAUUUCAAAGUCUCAUGUACCCCCUGAUUGUACGGUAAUGAUUAUACCAUACUCCCUAACCGAUAUCUUUUAAUGUAUGCAUAUAAUGGUACAUUGUGUCCAACAAGAUCGUUUUUCCAGGGGGCAUUGUUGGAAAGUUCACGAGUACGCACCCCAAUCCAGAUCUAUUGUUUAGAUGUAAUGUCAUCGAUGCAUUAUUUUUUCCGAACAAGUGUUUUAUUACGAUAACGUUGCAGAAUAAAUUUCGUCUUUCAAACAUACAGUCAACGUCAACUGUCUUAAAGCUACGAUCUGGAGAUACCCAGUAGGCCCACACUAUUGUAUCACCCAUUAUUAUUUGCAAAAUUUGUCGGCUUUAUUUAUCGAACAUUUGCUUAUUCACGGUGUGAGAUUUCCAAAUUUGCAUAUCAAGUUACAGUUUGUUUAACUUUGUUGUGACAGGCCUUGUCCUUCAUAAAAUUGUUCCUCCAAGAAUUUUAACGUCAGACAUAUUGGCGAUUUCAAUUCUUUUUUAUUUCUAUCAAAAUUAAAUGCUGAUGAUGUUAUAAUCUACACGCAUAGAAACAGUUAGAAACAAACUUAGUUACUUUCGUAUUGGUUGGAAGAACGUUGUGUCAAAUAGUUGUAAAAUGAGGAUGAAGUACUGUUUACAACCUAAUCUGCAGGGUUAGUUGUGAACAAAAGAUUUAUUCGGUAUUUUGAAUGUGUGCCCCCAUUGGCUUAGGGAGAUGUGUGCUUAGAUACCCUUAGAUUUUUCACACCGAGCUUGUGGCAAAAUGGCUACGUCAAUCCCUUCAACCGGUAGCGCUAUUAUUUGACCUUGUUUGUUGAUUAUCUGCGUUUACAAGAAGCUUAUCUUUAUAAGAAACAAGAAGAAUUCUGGGUAGACGAAACUGUCACAAGAUAUUGUUAUUCCUUGAGAUUUGUAAGGUGAUCCAGGUGUCGUAUUACAAGGGAAGUCCAGAUGUUGAUUUGGUAAACAAUGCAGAGGAAAUUUGAUAAAGAAAUAUUUGACAAAAAUUGUUUUGCUGAGUUUCUUAUAAAGAUGAGCUUGAUACUUCACCAUGUAAACACUAGGAAACGUACUUUUGACAUGAACUUCAUCUCGUAUCGUAUUUUGAAUGUCUUUUUCAGUCUGGUUUGUGAUUGGUAAGUAACAAGAACGUACCGGUGAUCUUUUAGAGGUCAUGUGUUAUAAAUAAAAAAGAUUUAGCUUUCUCUUUUAAUGGUGUUUUUAUCAUAUUAUUUGAAUUUUAGAAAACUAACGUCCUAUUUCGUAGAUCUCUUCUCAUUGCUUACGUAAUUUCUCGUUAAUUUUAAGCUGCACAGUUUGAAUGCAUAUAUUCUAAACAUAAUUUAUACUUGUUAAUAACUAUAUAUCAUAUUGGAUAAACAAGUUUUCAUAGGUAA